GCCCCUAACAUGGCGGCGCCCAUGAGCGCGCGCUGGAAGGUUCUCGCAGACGCCGAGUCCCCGGUUUUGCCAGGCGGGGCGGCUCCGUACGGAAAUUUCCCCAACUAUUCCUGCUUCCACCCGCCCGAGGAACGCGUCUCCCUCUUACCUGCGACUCUUUUGAGUGAGCUGUUCCCAAGCCCGCGUGCGGGUCCCCUUUUGGGCCUGGAUGUUGGAUGCAAUUCGGGGGAACUCAGUGUUGCACUCUAUAGGCACCUCUUUGGCUUUAACCAUACCAACCUGGAACAUUCUGUGGAUGGAAUGGAUUUCCACCUCCUCUGCUGUGACAUUGAUGCAGACCUGAUUGAGAGAGCCAAACAAUGCAGCCCUUUCCCUGGUUCCAUUUCCUACACCACUCUCGACAUCAUGGAUCCCAGUGCAAGAGAAACUCUGCUGACUUCCUACCUGAACAAGUUUGGCCGCUGUUGGUUUGAUAUUUGCUUCUGCAUGUCUAUAACUAUGUGGAUCCAUCUGAAUCACGGGGACAGUGGUCUGGUGAAAUUCUUAUCUUUCCUUGCAACUAAAUGUAUGUAUUUACUUCUUGAACCCCAGCCAUGGAAAUGCUACCGUGCGGCUGCUCGGCGCCUGAGGAAGUUGGGCCGGAAUGAUUUUGACCAUUUCCAUUCGCUCACCAUCAAAGGGAACAUGGCUGAGAAGAUAACUCAGAUCUUGACAAGAGACUGUGCCAUGGAGUUUGUGUGUUGCUUUGGAAGCACGAGUUGGGACAGGAGCCUCUUGCUGUUUAAAUCAAAAGAGAAAAAACACUUGGGAUAAUUCAGGAUUUGUAUAUUCUUGUUGAAGGGGCACAAUGGCUCGAUGAUGAUAAUGACAUUAAUGGUGUAAUGGCUCGUUGAGGAGGUGUGAUGGUAACUGGGUUCCAUGCACCUUUGGCACAUAGCCAUACUGGCCAUAUGACUACAGAAAAUGUCUUUGGACAAUGCUGGCUCUAUUUCUCAGUCAAGAAAUAGAGAUUACAGCCCCUAGAUUUGGACACAACUGGACAGGAAUACUUUUAACCUACAUUCUGGCAUUUAGUCAAAGGGAAAAUGGCAGGUUAUUGGGAGAACCAACUCUUUUGCCAUGCUGUGAUAGAAGUGUAAGAAUAACAUGAGGUCUUGAAAAUCAUACAUUUUAAUAUCAGAAAUUAUUUUCCAAAUUUACCAAUAUAUCUUGACUCUUGGAGUAGUCUCAAAAUUUUGGAGACAGAUCCUGCACAGAGAAUUCCCACUAGAUGGGAACAAAGUGUAAGUUUUUGGUCCUCUAGCAACAGGAAAAUAGAUAAUGCUUGGUUUCUGUAUCUCACAAUUUUAAUGAUUCUUUUCUCAUCAUAGAAAUUUAAUUUCUGUUACUUCUGAAAUAAAGCCUCAUAUCAUUUUUGGCUUUUUCUUUUGGCUCUAUACUGGCACUGUAUUCCUUGAUAAAAUUUAUAUUUUGACAAUAUAAAUGGUAAAGCUUUUUAGGGAGAACUGUUGAGGCAUGCUCAAGCCCUUCAGAACUGGGGUUGAAUGCCAUUAAAUUACAUAUGAUAAAACUUCCCUUCCUCCCCGGGUACCAAGGCGCAUGAUAGAAUGAACGAAUUUCAGUGUGUCAAACCAGAUUCACACAAUUCUUUGGUGAUAUCCCACACUCAGCUUUCAUUUGCUUUCUUUUCAAAGCAACACAGAAGUGUGAAGUGGCAGGAACCACAGGAAGAGCCUGCUUAAUCCCUCAGAAUAAUUUUAUACAGGGAAAUACUCUUGAGCAGAAAAAAAUAUUCACAUAAUUCUCCUGUUGAGCCUUCCACACAAACAUCUCCCCCUUUGAAUGAUUUUGAAAUACAGUAAGCAAAUUCAAAACAUGCAAUGAUAGAUUAUGCAUAGCUGGGUAUUCUUGCACCACUGUGAAUAGCUAGGGGAGUACCAAAGGUACUUUUCAAAAAGCAACUGGACUUUCUUAGUUUUUUUUUUCCCUUGAAAAACAUUUUGCUUCUCACCCAAGAAGCUUCUCCAGUUGAGUUUCAGAACUGAAUAACUAUGACCUUGAUGAUCGAGUCUCUCCAUUGAUAGGCUAGGGGAGUAAAACCAGUGAAAUGAUUAUAUUGCUAUAAUCCUCGUUGCUAUGUUUUAUGUGUUUGCAGUCUGGAGGGGUCCUUCUGGAUUCAUGACUCCUGCUUGAAAAUAGGUGGCUAUUGUGGCUAGGAGGGUCUUAGCUCAACUUUGUAAUGUAUUAACAGUUGCACCCAUUUCUGGAUCGGGAGGCUGUACUCUCAGUUACUCAUGCUGUGGUCACCUCCCAAAUGGACUAUACACUCUACAUGGAUGGGGCUCUCCUUGAAGAGUGUCCAAAAGCUUCAACUGGUAUAAAAUCUGGAGUGGGAAGUUAUGUAUGCUCCUAAAACUAUGCAUGUUAAACCUCUGUUCUGUGAGUUGCACUAGUUGCCAGUUUACUUCUAGAUUCAGUGUGUUGGUUUUAACCCUUAAAAGUCCUAGAUAGCAUGAGGCUGGGUUAUUGGAGGGAUUAC